AAAUUAUUCAAUCGAUUCGUUAUCAUUUAAAUAAAGAUCGUCUUAUACUUAGACGAACAGUCGAUGAUAAGAAUACAUAUUAUCUUGGACAGUUGGAUGAAUUUCAACAAAAAUCAAAUGAUUAUAUUGAAAAUUCAAGUUCUUAUAAAUUUAUUGCUAUAAUUGACGAAAAUAAUACAGAAGAACAGCAAUUGAAGAAAGUUAUUCAAUCCUUUGAUAUAGAAUUAGAUAAACUUUAUCAAAGAAAGUUAAUUAAUAAUGAUUAUAAAAUGAAGUUUAGUAUUAGUAAGAAACGAAAUGUUAAACUACCCUAUAUGUAUUUCUUACCAGGAAAAGAUCAAGAUGAUAAUCUAUUAGUUGAACCAAGAAUUUCAUCUUGUAAAUAUAGUCUCAUAUAUGCAUUGGCUAGUUAUCUUGAUGAAAUUCUACGUCCAUUAUUUGAAAAUUAUUCACGUUCAACUACUUUUCUUAAUGGUGGAGAUUUCAUGCAAAAAUUGGAUUAUUACUGUACACAACAACAAUUUCUUCUGAAGCCACAAACUAUAUUUGUAACAUUUAAAAUUCAUAAUCUGCAUAUGAAUGUAUCACAUUCUUCAUUACUUCGGGCAUUUGGUACUUUUUUAGCUAGUCCAUUAGUUGAUAAUCGAUUUCACAAAUUAUCAAAUGAAGCUAUUGAAGAAUUGAUGACACUUGUCUUAAAGAAUAUAUACUUUACAUUUAAGAAAAAAGUCUAUCAAGUUACAAAAGGAUGUCCAUUAAAUUUACCAAUAACAGAUCUAUUAUGUAAUAUUUAUUUGCAUGAUUGGCAACUGUCUUUACUCCGGCAAAUACGUUUGAAAGAUUCAUUCUAUGGUCGUUAUCAUAAUAUGGGUUUUUUCACUUGGAAUGCUUCAACUGAAUAUCUAGAAGCAUUAUUCGAUGAACUUCAACAAAAUUUUGAUUCUGAUAUUAAACUAACAACAUAUACUGAUAAUCGUGUCGAAUUUCUUAAUGCUAUUAUUGAAAAUAAAAGAGGCUUUCUUGAAACACGUGUCUCUCAUAAUCAACAACAACAACAACAACAACAACCAUUUCUAUUACCUUAUGUUAAGAAUUACCCACGAUUACGACAUCGACAAUGGUUUCGUUAUAGUCUUAUACGUGCUGGUCAAUAUUGUAGUUCAUAUGAAGAUUUUGAAGAAGAAAGACGGUACAUCGAAAUGACAUUUCUAACAAAUGGUUAUUCAUUGGACUUUGUCGAAUAUAAUCUUCGACGAUUCUAUUCAAGAUUUUUUCGUAGUGAAUAUCAAAUUAAAGAUCUUAAUCGUCAUUCGUAUAGAAUACUUCGUCGUGCAUUAUUUCGUCUAGUUGAUGAAGAAAAACGAGAACUCGAAGAAGAACGACGGUUACAAAAAAGUAAUAAAUUAAUUCGAUUACAUUAUUUAUUUGACUGGGGUUCUCGAUGUCAAUUCAAUAAAAAAUUCUAUGAACUUUGGUCGAGUAAACAUUCAUAUGUAAAAUUGGAACAUGAAUGUUUACCAUGGAUUAAUUUUCAAGACGUCUAUCGUGAAAUUUUAAAUGAAAUGUAA